AUGAGUAAAAUAAGUCAAAAAGAUUAUCUAAAGAAAUAUCUCUCUUCAGAUGAUAAACUUAGAAAGAAAAAGAAAAAAUCUAAGGAUAAGUCGCAUAAAUUAGGAAGUUCAAAAGUAAAAAUAAUAGAUGAUGAUGAUUUUGGCUUCAAUCAAGACGAUAAUCAAAUUGAUGAAAGUGAAUUAUUUGCUCUCAAUGAAGAAGCUCCACAAAUUGUUGGCAUUAUAGAUGAACGUGCACCUGAAGUUUUAAUGAAGCAAGAGUAUCAAGAUAGUGGAAAGUGGAAAAAGAUUGGUAAUUCGAAUGCAAAGAGCAGCAAGGAAUCGAGUAAAUCUAAUAAGAAACAAAAACAUUCUGAGGAUGAAAGUUCACCAAAUCAACCAAAGAAAGAAAAAGUUAAAAGAAAAUAUUCUUCAGAUGAAUCGCCACCUCGAAGGACGAAUGAUGAAAAAUCCGGAAGAAAUCGUCGAAAUUCAUCAAAUGAAUCUCCACCUAGAAAAUUAAAUCGACGGAGUCAGUCAUCAGAUAAUUCACCUCCAAGACGUUCCGAUAAAUCUUCACGAAAACGUAAAAAAUCAUCAGAUGUGUCACCACCAAGGAAAAGACGAACCAGCAGUGACAAUUCACCUCCUAGACGAAUAAAAACUGAAAUGAAAAAAGAACGAAGGGAUUCAACCGACAAUUCACCACUAAGAAGGCAACGAAAUCGUUCUGUGAGUCCUUUCAGACAAAGUCGAUCUCGUUGGUCCCACGAUGUUAAAAAGGAACCGAAAAGUCCGACAAAUUCUCCACCACGUUCAUCACGAAUGACAAAAACUUUAGAUGGAAAAGUUUCAGGCUUACAAGAUGCAAAAACGUUAAAACGGGAGAACGACGCAUUCAAAGAACGUCAAGAGAAAUUAUUCCGUGAAAUGAAACCUGAAAUGUCUGGAAGAAAUGCUGAUAUUGUGAUUCGUGAUCGUCGUGGAAGAAACAAAGAACUUGAACUUGACAUUGAGAGUGAACGAAAGAAAUCUGAAGCUGAAGCUGUAAGAAAGAAAGCUUAUGAUCGAUGGGGAAAAGGAUUGAAACAAAUUGAAGAUCAAGAGAAAAGAUUGCAAGAAUUUAUGCAUGAAGCAAGCAAACCUCUUGCUCGAAGUGCUGAUGAUCAAGAUCUUCAAGAUCAUUUACGAGAUCAGGAACGUCUUGAUGAUCCCAUGCUUGAAUAUAUGAGAAGAAAGAAGCAGGACAAAAAUAAAAAGAAAGGCGUUGAAGAGAAACCGAAGUACCAAGGACAAUUCUUAGAUAAUCGCUUUAAUAUUCGUCCCGGUUAUCGAUGGGAUGGCGUUGAUCGAUCGAAUGGAUAUGAAAAGAAAUAUUUCAACAUGGUAAAUUCAAAGAAAUCAAUGGAAGAAGAAGCCUAUCGUUAUUCCACUGAAGACAUGUAA